AGAUUCCUUCAUAUAUCCAUGAAUCCGUGCACACGUACAACACUGUUUUUCGAAAUGCGACAUCCGCUUGUGGUUGUGCUCUGUGUGGGAAUGCUGCACCACACCUCAGAGGCCAUCCUCAUGGAAAAGCUAGCGGACAACAAGAUUUGUGGUGAUGCAGAGUGCUCGUACGUUCUGUCCAUGGCCACAGCCUUGGAUGACUUCAUAGCUCCAGACUGCAGAUUCAUCAACAUCAAGAUGGGUCAGAAGGUUUACGUGUAUUCUAAACUGGUGCCAGAGGAGGGCGGUGGAGUCUUUUGGUCUGGCAGUGUGUACAGUGACCGCUACGUGGACCAGAUGGGCAUCUUCGGAUACUUUCCCGCUCCUGUGGUGAAGGAGACACACACGUUUAGAGAGGACACGGUCCAGAUUCCAACAACAAACAUGGAUUUCUUCUGCGCUUAAGAUGGACAGAUGCUUCCUGUUUGCUUGUUUUAAGAUAACUGCAUAAAAUAAAAUACAGGGUUGUUGCUCCAACUAAAGCUCACAUCAUCUUGGCUUUGCGACUGCCUAAAGCGGGGUUCACUUAUAUUGACAAUCAGGACGAACUUUGUAAUUAUUCCUAUCUUCCAAUCAAGGUUUCGCAAAGGUCCAAUUCUCUGAUGUUUCUGAACUCUUUUCCUGAGUGAUUAUCCAGUGGUGUGGGGGCUAUUAAAAGCAGAGGUGGUAAGAGGACUUACACUGUAGUAGAAGGAUAGAUACUUGUGUAAACAAAGACUGGAAAAAUUAGAAGCAAAUUCCACUCCUUAAAAUACUCUUAAAUGUACUUAAGUUCAAAAGUACUCUAUGUGUGGGGUCAGAAUCAAAUAAGAUGUAAAAAAUCAGUAUGUGUGUACCCUGCUUAACAACCCUGCUGCUUAUAAUUUAUCGCAGUCACUUUGUGAAAUACACCCUCCUUUUCCACAUCAAUCCCAAUCACAACUCGUCUUAUUUCAACAGAUUGUGUCUCUUGAGGAAUGUACCCUGCCAUUCCCACUGUACAACAUGAUCUUUACUGUCACUGCAGUGUCAAAAAUUCAUCAGACUGUUUUGUUCAAUCCAUCUGAGCUACAUAUUUUGGAAUUAUGAUGUUUUCCUCAAGACUGGUUGCAAAGAUGCUGUCUUUGUACACCCAUGUGUGCAAAGGUGCACAAUAGGCUUUGAUGAUGCCCCUUUAAAACCCCCUCGUCAACGGGUGGGCGGAAUGCAGUUUAACUUCCUUCAAUUACAUUUUUCUGGAGCGGGCCGGCGGGUUUGGAUGCCCACCCAAACCCGUUUGGAUGCCAUCUCCCACCCCCACCACCAACCCCCUUUUGCACACCACGGGGUGCACCUGCAUGAUCACAUGAGAUCCAUUGUAAACCCAGUCAUGUGAUUUAUCAUGGUAUCCAAACAGCUCUCAGUAUGAUACAGUGCAGUUCGACUCUGUAAAGAAGCACAAUAAUAAGGAUAUUGGUAAAUUAACACCUUUAACAGUGUCAAUCAAA